AUGACAUUGUCUUUUCAGGCGGAGUCAGACCGUGAAAGCGGCGCGAGUUCGCCGGAGGGCGGUGGGCGCGCGCAGCUAGCCGAGCCCCGCACGCCGUCGCCGCGCGCGCGCACCCCACAGCACUUGAAUGGCUCCAUGGCAUCGAUGUUCCAAAACUUACAAAACCUGGCCAACAUGCAGCAGGGCAUGCCGAUGUCACAGCAACAAAUGUCCCAGCAGAUGUCACAGUUGGCCGCCAAUCUCCAAGGCCUGACGUCCAUGCCAUCAAACCCUGUCAUAAACUCACCUCUCAACUUGAGUGUUAGCGCUCCAGGCAUGGGUUCUCCUAACCCAGUCGGUAACAGUAACAUGUUACCGCCCGCCAUGCCGUCGCCCAUGCCACAGCUUAUCUUAGCUUCAGGACAGCUCGUCCAAGGCAUACAGGGGGCACAACUACUCAUACCUACAUCUCAAGGUAUCGCAACACAGACCAUCCUAACCAUUCCCGUGAACCAUGUCAACUCAAACGACCAAAUGGUGAAUCUAGCGUUAAACAACGGUCAAGUAGUGUCUACGUCCCUCGCUAACUUACAAGCGAUGGCCCAACCCCACCAGCUUUUAAACUCCAAUCCUCAAACACCGAAUAUUAGACCAAAUAUGUUGAACCCAUCGCUAUCUAACGCUUUACUAAACCAAGGACUACCAAAUUUCCUAUCAAAUGGGGCAGCAAACGCCCAAGAACUGUUACAAGCUUUACAGCAACAGCCCCAAGCAAAUCACAAUCUCCUACAAACGGUUCAACAAAACAACAUGCCCCAACAAAUGCAAGGCAGAAGAUCGUCAUCUCCCAGACCAGAUAGACAUUAUAAGGAGAGGGAAAACUUUGAACGAUAUGCAAGUGGUUCUAGAGAAAGGAAUGAAAGGGAUUCGGGAUCCGCGAUGAAUAGCAUUAACAGGCUGGCAGCAUCCAACGGUGAGAUCACAAUCACAACAUCUCAUUCGAACGCGGGGACGACAAGUAGCGCGGGUAGCGUGGGCAGCGGGCCCACUGCCUCGCCCCAUCCACCUGUGAAACUAUCGCCGGGCUCUGUGAAAUCUCCCGCUCAGGACGAUGGUGAUCUACUUGCUGAUUCACCAAAUCAACCUACCAUUAGCCAGUCAUCGGGCAAUGUAGUGGACGGCAUCAACUUAGAAGAUAUAAAGGAGUUCGCUAAAGCUUUUAAGCUUCGACGACUAGGGCUAGGCCUCACGCAGACCCAAGUGGGGCAGGCUCUGUCCGUCACUGAGGGCCCCGCGUACAGUCAAAGCGCUAUAUGCAGUGCCCUGGCUUCGCAGAUGCUAGCAGCUCAGCUGUCUUCACAACAACAAAACAUAUUUGAGAAAUUGGAUAUAACUCCAAAAAGUGCGCAGAAAAUCAAACCGGUGCUUGAACGUUGGAUGAAGGAAGCCGAAGAGAGGUAUGCAUCAGGACAAAAUCAUCUGACGGAUUUCAUUGGAAUGGAGCCGAGUAAAAAGCGCAAGCGGCGGACGUCGUUCACGCCUCAAGCGCUUGAGCUGCUUAACGCGCACUUUGAAAGAAACACGCAUCCUUCUGGCACUGAAAUAACCGGUCUUGCACACCAACUGGGCUACGAACGGGAGGUCAUCAGAAUAUGGUUCUGUAACAAGCGACAGGCCCUCAAGAACACCGUACGAAUGAUGUCUAAAGGCAUGGUC